AUUUUCUUGUGAAAGAUUGAAGGAAAAUAUUUAUAGAGACAAGGCCGUUCAAUAGAGAAGAAUUGUACUGUGUACUUAAGAAAAAAAAAAAAUUUUUAAUUAAACAAAGGCAUAUUAUGUCUUCUGUCGAGAUAGAAUCGAAGAAGAAGAAGAAAGUGCUUAUGAUUUGCUUAGGCAAUAUUUGUCGUUCGCCUAUAGCAGAGGCUGUAUUUCAGAAUGAAGUGAAGAAGAGAGGUUUGCAAGAUCAAUGGAAGGCAGAAAGCGCUGCCAUUAUUGGAUACCAUACAGGUAAAAAACCAGAUACUAGGGCCCGGAAUACGCUAAUGGAAAAUGGAAUCACUGAUUAUUCUCAUACAGCACGCAAAAUCGAACUAGACGACUUCGACAAAUAUGAUUGGAUAUUUGGUAUGGAUCAGGAAAACAUUAAAGAUUUACUUAGUAGAAAACCAAUGACUUCCCAAGCAAAAGUGGAACUUCUAGGAAGUUAUAAUCCAAGUGGAAUAAUUAUAAUACGAGAUCCGUAUUAUGACAGCGAUAGUGCAGGAUUUCAGAAAGCCUAUGAUCAAUGUGUAACAUGCAUAACAGCAUUUUUGAACAAACAUUCAAGUUAAUGAGAAGAUUCUAAAGAAUCAAUUUGCCUACAUAUUUUUAGAAGAAUAUGUUCUGAACUAAUAGGUACAAAA